ACUUGCUCUGCUCCUCUCCUGCCAAGGAGUAGGAUAAGAAAUGCCCAACUUUGACCCUUCUUUCCAAAAGGAUCGGAAAGGAAGGAUUAAAAGCCGGAGGGAGGGUGGGUGAGUUUGGGAGGGCUGAGGAGAGUAGCACAGAAGGAAGAAAUAGAGAGAAAAAGGCAGAGAAAAGGAGGGGGACAGAGAGAAGAGGAUUUCAGUAUUCUAGGCUGCAAUAGCAACCGGUGGGGCUGGUGCUGUGCGCACACACACAGCUCUCACUGCACCUGUCUGCUGGGCACAGGCACAGCUGGUGAGCUGGGAGAAGGGGGAAACCCUUCUAUAAAGAGAUUGGACAUUGGGAAUUCAACAAUAAAGCCACAGAGACAGUGCCCACGCAGGCAGGAAUGGAAGAAAAGCCCCUAAACUUGCUGGAGGGCAAGGAGACACAAAGGCACCAGGCUUGGCUUUCCUCCUCCUUCUGAACUUGGAUUUUCCUGGGUGGGUUUCCCCUGCCACCGCCACCUUUAGUUUUUUUGUUUGGUUGCUACAAGUGUUUUCUUUCCUGGUCCCCAGAGACUCCAGCUGCAGCACACCUGGACUGAGCUGGCCAUCCCUUGGGGCAGACUGGGGAAGGAGAGAGGGGAGCCCCUGGGCCCCUCUGUAAACUGGAUAGGAAGGAAUCUGUCAAACUGUAGCCACACCAGCCCGAGCUGCCUCUCUUUAUGUGGACACUGCGCUUCCCUGGGAUCGCCUGGCUCGUGCGUUUAAGAUGUCUGGGAAAGUUUUCCUGAUGUACCUGACAAUCUAUCCCGCCCUACAGAUAAGGACAGAAAGCAUGGAGGAGUAUGACUACGAUUACCUCAGCAUCAAUAAAACCUGGGUCCUGACCCCCAAGGCGCAGGAGACGGAUGCCACACAAAUCCUCAACUCACUGCUGAAGAACUACGACAACAAACUGAGGCCUGAUGUCGGCAUCAAGCCCACAUUCAUCGAUGUGGAUAUCUAUGUGAACAGCAUCGGGCCGGUCUCUGUCAUUCAGAUGGAAUAUACCAUUGAUAUCUUCUUUGCUCAGACCUGGUAUGACCGGCGCCUUCGCUUUAACAGUACCCUCAAAGCCCUCACUCUGAACACUAAUAUGGUGAGCCGCAUCUGGAUCCCAGACACCUUUUUCAGGAACUCCAAGCGGGCCGACUCGCACUGGAUAACCACGCCCAACCAGCUGCUCAGGAUCUGGAAUGAUGGCAAGGUGCUCUACACGCUCCGGCUGACCAUAGAGGCAGAAUGUCUACUUCAGCUGCAGAAUUUCCCAAUGGACACGCACUCCUGCCCACUGGUUUUCUCCAGUUAUGGUUACCCGCGAGAGGAGAUUAUCUACCGCUGGAGGCGUUACUCCAUUGAAGUCUCAGACCAGCGCACCUGGAGACUUUAUCAGUUUGAUUUCACAGGCCUGAGGAACACGUCAGAAGUUCUCAGGACAGGGGCUGGGGACUAUAUGGUCAUGACGGUUUCCUUUGAUCUGAGCAGGCGGAUGGGCUAUUUUGCCAUUCAGACCUAUAUCCCCUGCAUCCUGACUGUAGUUUUGUCCUGGGUUUCCUUCUGGAUCAAGAGAGACUCCACACCGGCCAGGACUUCUCUGGGCAUCACCACAGUGCUCACCAUGACUACCUUGAGUACCAUCUCCCGCAAGCACCUCCCGAGGGUCUCCUACAUCACUGCCAUGGAUCUCUUUGUGUCGGUGUGCUUCAUCUUCGUCUUUGCAGCUCUCAUGGAGUACGCCACACUCAACUACUUGGUGGGAAACAAGAAACCACCGGAGAACAACAGCAAGAAACCCAGACUGCCACCGGCCAAUGCCCACAUGAUGCCCUCCUUCACCACCAUCAACAUCAACAACCUCAUGCACUGGCCUCCUGAGGUCGAGGAGGAGGAGGAGGAGCCAGGCGCCCCUUGCCUAGAAGGGAAGGAAUGUGAGAGGUUUUUUUGCUGCAUCGAGGACUGUCAGACAGGGAUGUGGCGGGAGGGCCGCAUCCGCAUUCACAUCUCCCGCCUGGACUCCUACUCCCGGGUUUUCUUCCCCACAGCCUUCCUGCUCUUCAACAUCGUGUACUGGAUUGCCUAUCUCUAUCUCUAGCUGUUCCCCAACCUGUGCUGAAAUAAACCAGAGGCCAACAAGAUUUGCACAAAAGGAAAAAGGGAAACAGUGUGGCUUCUCAUUUCAGUCAUUUAUUGUUUUCACACUUGCCCAACCUUAUCCCCUUCCCGCCCUUCUGAGUAGAACCAGUUGGGGAAAAAAUUCAUGGCCAAACUCUUUGAUAAAAACCAGGUUGUCAACACAUGGGAAAUUUUCUUGUGAAAAUUUCUGGUUUUCUGCAAAACUACAAACCUAAAUGCUUUCUCCAUUUCCAAUGAAACCCCAAUAAUUCCACAGAAAGUGCUUACAAAGGUGAUUUUUUUCAUUUUGGCAGGAAAUCAAAUAAAUUUCUCAACCAACUCUACUCCUGAGUCAGCUUCUGUUGAUAUAGACCCUGGUGUAGGGCCAUGGAAAAGUCCACAAAGACUGGAGGUGGAGGAGGAGAAAAUGGCUACAUCCUCCCCUCCAUCAGGAACAAGUGUUGUCCAAAAUGUGGAUGGUACUUGCCAGAAAGGGUGCAUGGCCAUAGACCGGGGAUGGACCAGUGCAUUCCCCAGCAGCCUCUACCAGCAGGGCUGCUAUGGGACUCUCAUUGAAGCUCACAGUUGUCCCCUGCUGUAGCAGAUGGCACCAAGACACAGCAGCAUGGACUUUCCCUGACACUGGUCAGUCUAUGAAGCUAUGCAUUUGUAAAGUUUUAAAUAAGUCUGUGAAGAUCCAUCUACUCUACAAAUACAACCCUAUAAAGGACCAGUUACAUCAUGGUUGUAUUCUGUAGUGUAGAUGUAUAUUGCUUUCAGUUACAACACUGAAUACAGUGUUGUAACUGAAAUAAUAUAUUUUAAAAUGUAGAAAAACAUCCAAAAUAUUUAUAUUAAAUUUAAAUUGGUAUUCUGUUAUUGUUUAGCAGUGAGAUUAAAACUGUGAUUAAUUGCAACUGUUUAUCUAAUAUAAUUAAUUUGUUUUGUGUUAAUCACUUGUGUUAAUUGUGAUUAGGUGAGAGCCCUACCCCAACAUUGUUUUAUUUGUAGUGUAGACAGGGUCUGACUUUUUUUAGUUCUGCUUCAGGGGAAGAAAGUGUGAUCCCAGUUCUAUUGCCCUCCAUCAGUGGGUACUAUCUGACUCCACAAAUCAUCCUAUUGGAACCACUGGGGCUUCUCAUGGACUGAGGUAUUAUUCAACCUGAGUAAAGGUGGCAGAAUCAGGCCCUGCUGAAUUUAAAAUAACAAACAUGCAAGGUCCUUUUGGGGGCCCUUGCAGCUCAAACAGAUCUAUUUUUAAAUGUUUAGGAUUCAGAAAGAAAAUUUAAACUGGAAGAUUUAGGAGAAAGUCAUGGCUCCACCUACUCUCUGACACUCCCCACCCCUUUUCUGAUGAGUGGCUCCCAGAAGGGGGCGGAGCAACUCAAUAACAUCUGCAAGUGCUAGGUCUGCUAUGUUGAUUAGCUCUUAGCCAGGUCAAGCAUGGGGAGGUAGGUGUUUCCUUGCUCACAUACUAUCACAGAACUUGUGUGGCCAUAUAACUUGGGGAGGGAACCAAUCCUUCCUUGGUGAGGGUUGGGGAAAUAUGCCAUUCAGUGCUAAGCAGGAAGAGUCUACAUCUGUAGCAGAAAAACACGGAGCCGGAUCCUCCACUGGAGUAAAUUGUUGCUGCCCCAUAUAUACCAGCUGAGCACCCGUCCCACAAUGCUGUUUGCUGAAAGUGAUUUCCCAUUCAUAUUUACUUACUGUGUAAAUUAAAAAAAAUCUUUUACAAAGAGCAUGUUUUAGAAAUAACUGUCACUUUAAAGGCUUGUCCCAAGAAGAGAGACAACAUCUGCAGGGAGUGUAGCUGAGAAUGGCUGAUUUACUGGACAGCUAAUAGGGCCAUGAGGGAUAUGUAUUCUUAGAGAGCAAAUCUGAUCUGGUUUAAAGAUGGAUUUUGACACUGUUGAAUGUGAUCUGAAUAAUGAUGUGUCAUGUUUAAUUAAUUUAUAAAUAUACCCUUACCUUGCUUCCAGGGGGACUCAAAGAGAGCCUAAUUAAGGCUACAAUAGUACAACACUUGGCUAAGUAUAACCUAAUAGGGUCAAACCUGCACAGCUUCUAGAAGGGAAAAUUAUGCCUGUCUAACCUGUUAGAGUUCUUUGAAAUGCUGAAUAAAUCAAGAGAUAAAGGUUUCCCAGCAGACAUAAUUUACUUAGAUUUUUCCAAUGGCUUUUGAGAAGAUGGAGCAGAAUUAUUGAGGGUGGUACAAGGCAGGUUCUAAUUAGAAGAAAUUAAUGUAGGAAAAGGAAGUCUAAGAAAUGGAUAAAAAUAGCUUCCUGACAAUGAAGUCUAUUGGGCUGUGGAACUGUCUCCUGAGCGAAUGGGGGUGAAGUCUCACUUGACAUAGUAAAACCAGCAGUGUAGUCGAGGGUAAACUUGGGUAACCCACAUUUGCCCACUUCUCAUUUGGGGAAUAUGGAGUUUAGGUUAGGUUAGUUCACCCACUUCUUUUUUUACCGCUACACCACUGAAUAAAACGUGAUUGGACGUGGAAACAUAAUAUACUGUAUGAAUCAACCAGUAGAAACUAUGGGCAGGUUUAAACAUGAUGGAAGACAAAGGUAAUGUACAACAGCAAAGACAGUGAAAACUCCUCAGAUACAGCCCUGCAUUUGGAACAUUAUGCACUCUUCUAAGGAAACCGAUUUAGGAGGUUGUCAGGGAAAAUAUGAUUAUCCAGUAAGCAGCAGCACUUAGCAAGAUAGAUGGCUGGGUAUAUUAUAAAAGAGAAUAGAAUUCCCCCACCCAUCACCACCACCACCACACACACACACACACACACACACACACACCACCCCUCUGCUAAUAUAACAAUGGGAAAAGUCAGUGCUGAGUGAGUAGGCACAGGUGUCAUGGGAAUUUUAUCCAUUUACACUUGGGUCCAUGAUGGUAUAUACUGAUCUAGGGGCUGAGGAUGUUAGGGAGGUUCCCAAACCUGAGCCAUCUUUUGUAGGUGACAAAUCUGAGGAAUUGUCACAGAUUAAAAUGUCACUAGAGUAGGUUUUGGAAUUAAUUGAGAAACUUAACAGUAACAAGUCACCGGGACCAGAUGGCAUUCACCCAAGAGUUCUGAAAGAACGCAAAUGUGAAAUUGCAGAACUAUUAACUAUGGUUUGUAACCUGUCCUUUAAAACAGCUACUGUACCCAGUGACUGGAAGAUAGCUAAUGUAACGCCAAUAUUUAUGAAGGGCUCUAGAGGUGGUCCUGGCAAUUACAGACCAGUAAGUCUAACGUCAGUACUGGGCAAAUUAGUUGAAACAAUAGUAAAGAAUAAAAUUGUCAGACACAUAGAAAAACAUAAACUGUUGCGCAAAAGACAGCAUGGUUUCUGUAAAGGGAGAUCAUGUCUUACUAAUCUAUUAGAGUUCUUUGAGGGGGUCAACAAAUGUGGACAAGGGGGAUCCAGUGGACAUAGUGUACUUAGAUUUCCAGAAAGCCU